GCGAUCGACAGUAGCAUAGUUUGGUGCGCCGUUAUGGAACAAACAAACACUCACCAUGUUAUGCAAAUAGUGUAAGUGGAGGGUGCUACCGGUAAAGCGGAACAUGCUUAUCCUUUUUACGAACACCGAGUGUGAUCACUGAUAUCCUGUGAUCAAAUCAGCCUAGUUUUGCCUAUUACAUGCAGUGGAAUCUGUUUCGGCAGAUAACCGAAACUCAUUAUUCUCUGUGGCCUUCAAACAGAACUGAGGUAUAGUUGAGAUAGACGGCAAUGAGCGCAUGUGAGAAGACCGUUAACAUGCCCGGCGUUACUUCAGCUGAUGAUGGAAUGUUCACAAACAGAUUCGAAAUUAUUCACGGAAGCUUACCGAUUAUUCGAAAGGACAAUACCGGAGCCAAAUGUUAACCACAUUCACAUAACUUCAGACGUGCUCAUACAAUCUGGAAAAACAACCAAAGAUGCCAACAAAGCUAAACGAGAGAAAAAACGGAACAUUUUAAGGAUUUUUCAGAAAAUUGUAUCGGCUCUCCGCAAUUCGAAGGGAGGAUGCAUUCUUAUUCAUCUGUGUGACAGAACAGAGACAGUUUUCAACUUGUCAGCAUUCGAUGAAUUUGCAGAUCACAGUCUGAAAUCAUUGAUUGGUGACAGAUCCCUUUAUACAGAUGUCUUCGUGCGAAAAUGGUUAAGAGAAUAUUCCAAGUUUGAAGAUUACACCAACAUAAUUGUACUUACUGUGAGUUCAGGCAAGGGUGUUUCAACAGUAGAACCCAACACAAAGGUAGGAUCUGAUCACGAACUAGUAGACCCUUACUAUUUUGAACUACUUGCUCUGCUGUCAAAACCUGACAAAACGUCAAAACCUGAAAUUCGUGGAAUCUCAAGCAAUUUACUGUUCGAGAGUCGUAGCAUACAGCUGAAAUGCUUUCCGCAGAAUAAAGGGGACGUUGUCAAAGUUGGAAAAGAAACUGAACUUGUUGACUAUAUAUGGAAUAAUCUUCGUUUCAAACACUAUCUGAGCUCAUUUUCAAAACUCUACGAGGGUGGAUCUUACUACGUGGGGGUUGCCGAGGCGAAAACGUCUUCAAAUCCAAUAGUCGCGGGAAUCCCCUUUCAAGGAGAUGAAGACAAACUGAAAGAAGAAUUUGAAAAAAAGUUAGAGAGUGUUGUGAUACUUAAAAGAGAUGGUACAGUUCAUAUUGGAGAUUCUUGCAAGAAUCUUAUUGAAACCCAUCUACACUCAUUGGAUAAUAGUGACAACAAAGUGCUCGAGAUAGCUGUACGUUUUGUUCCUGGAAUUAUGUUUUAUGACAAUGGGCCCAAAGCCUACAAAAUCGUACCCAGUGUUCAGCCUGUUGUAACAGAAAUCGACCUCAGGGCAUGGUGCCAAAAGUUUAUGCUCCUGUGUCCAUAGCAAAUGGUGUCUAUUAAAAGCUAAACUUGGUCUAUAUAGUUAUCUGACAAUGUCGUCAGAUGAAACCGAUUCGAGUUUAUCUUCAUCAUCGGAUGAGGACAUCAUGUGCUCUCCAUGUGAUUUGGAAGAUAUGAGUUCAAGUUCAGGUGAUGUAGACGGUUCUAGAGGCAGACAAGGACAAGAACCGAAAUAUAGUUUCGUGCAAGUGAAGGAGACCUCACAGGUCAGACACCUACACGAUUCUUUCAACCUGGAAGCCUUCGAGGACGAACUUGAGGCUUAUUUUAAUGAUCUAACAAAGACAAACGGCAAAAUGAGAGUUUUCCCCAAGUCAAUGGAGCUCUCAAUAGCAAAACAACAUCCAAAGGUUUUGGAAAAUUUGAAGUGUCUUGACCUGAAAGACGUCUUUGUGUAUUUAGGGAACACAUUUGUCGUUACCUUAAACAUGCACAAUAAAAGGAUAAGAAUUCCGAGCAGGCUCAUCUGUGAUGCGUUGGUGUUUAGCAGCAACAAAGCCGUACUGGUACUUAGCUUUGUCAAUGGUCAAACAGACAUGGCCAGGAGACUUGAUGUGUAUAACAACUUUGUUGCUCGGGGUGUGUUAGAAGCUCUGAGAACACUUAUGAAUGACAUCAGUGUUAUUAGAGGUGUCAUCGAUGAAGAAGACAAUCUUAGCUCAUGUCUUCCGGAGCUGGAGAAACAAGCCAUGUUUUUCAAUCCUACCUCCAUCUCCAUGGAUAAGGUUAAGCGGGAUGCUGCUGUCAAAUCAAUUCUAAGGUCUGUUGCAGUUACUCAAGCAGCAAGUGUUUUCACACUGACUGCGAAUGGCUCGUGUGGAAAAGGAUUGUGUUUCUUAAAUCGCAAUGAAUUUGAAUUUCUAUCUGAGUUCAUAGACAUGAAAAGUUCUACAUUGAUGCACACCGUUAAGGGACAGAAGGACAUCAUAGCGCUUGAAUUGGCAAGCAGGGCAUCUAGAAGUGGAAAGGCAGCUCUUCAUGUACAGAAAUCCGGUCAUGAUGAAGCAUUGAAGGCUCAUAGGGACAAGCAUCCCAACUUAGAUAUUUUCCCAACUGUAGCUGAUAUUGAAUGUGGAAAGUACAAACAUAUCUUUGCUGCAAAAAUGGACCAUAUCAAAGGGGAUAAACAGAUUGGUGGAAAUAUUUGCAUAAUAUCCUCUUCAAAGUCAGAUUUCAAACCUUUGAAGAAACUUACCAAGCAUACGACCAAAAGAAAAUCUACUUUUUCAAGAUUUUCCCGAAAGACAGGAGUUGUGCAUAUAUCUGGUGAGUCUGGAAUGGAACGUGAGUUCAAGUCGAUGCCGAAUCUGGCGGAGCCAGGACCAUUUGUGGAGGAUCAUGCUAAUCAGGAAGAACAUGGAAUUACUCUGCUUGAAAGAAAACCACUGAAUAAGCUGGAUGCACAAUGCAGCUUUACACCAAUUAUGCCAGCAACCCAACUACAUGUACCACUGCACACUCCCUCAUCUUUACCAAGUGUCGAGUCUGAGGAUCAAACACUCAGAAUACGUAAUCCAAAAGUCCAGCAGAUGAAGAGACAGAAUUUCACAAAAUCAGACAGUGAUUAUGACCAGAAUAGUUAUACAAGUGAGAAUUCCUAUGAGAGAAGAUCUAGGAGACCAGAGUUUGACAUUUCUCGAAAGUCUUCGCAAUCAAGUGGUUAUCAGAGUAGGGACGGAAGCCCAGGACGAUCAGACACCCCCCCAGAGAACGGAACAAACGGAUGACAACCUAGAUCCCCAACAGAAACUGUUUACUGAAAAGCUUCCUUACAUUUGAAUGUGUGUGGUUGAAUGUUCUUUGAUUUUAUUACUUUUAUUGAGUAUUCAGUACAUGAGAUGGUUAACUUAACUUUAGAUAUUAUUUCUACUGUAAUAUAAUCACGGUGCUGUCAAGAUCAAUUAGAUAACAGCAGCUGGGUAAAUUACCAUGACCAGCAGCCCGUCAGUAUCUGAGUUGCAUGGAAAUACCACAGGCAUCCACACGUACCAUGUAUAUCAAGAGAAAGAAAACACUGAUUAAGAGCAUCAAAUUCCCUGCCAUCAUUAAUUAAUUAACGCAUAAUUUUGAUGCUGCAGAGAGAAGGAAUUAAACUUUAAUGUAUGGCAAUUAAAACAGGCGAACAUGUAGCUUGAAUAUACUACACGGAGCUUUUGCAAGGCAAGUGAAAGGCAUGAAGGUGCGUUGUUAUAUUUACCACAAAUAAGACAAGGCUUAUAUGCAAAAAAAAUAUGUAUUGAGCUUUCAAAACUAUACCAUGGAAUUGGGAUUCGGAACUUGUUUAUUUCUAUGUCAGAUACACACCACUAUUGAAAGAGUCAAAAUCUAACUUGUUGCCACGAACACAGAAAAAAUAUAUACUCUAAAAUCCAUAAAGAGCAAAAGGUACCAGUUGACAACCUGGUCUCCAAGAAAGAGUGCCUAUUAGUUUUAGAGAUAUGGUCUGGACAAACACACCACUAUGAACAGAGUCAACGUCAAAUUUGUUGCCUUGGAAACAGGAAAAACUUAAUUAUUGUUACAUUCCUAAAUAGCAAAAGGCACCACUUCAACCCUUGUAAUACAAGUACCAAAUUUGGAUGGAAAAUACUGCGCUGAGUUUUGGGGGGUUAACGUCCACUUCACAGUUAAUAUAUUUCGUAGACGGGGUAGGUGGGGAAUGAUAAAUAAUAAUAAUGUUAGAAAUAUAUAUGAAUAACCAUACCCGAAAAAAC